CGCCGGGUAUUUAUCGGGAGAGUCGUGACUCGUUCGUUUACACUGUACGGCGGCGUCACACGGUUUCCCUCCGCAUCUCAAGACUGUGGCCUUCGAAUCCUUUUUACGCCAAGUGCAAGUCUCCUCGGACCCGCCAUUAACAGUUCAUCUUUUCUACAUUUAGUUUACAUAUCCUUUUUUAUACCGAACGAGGAAGAAUGGCGACCGAAUCCCCCGAGUACUCUCCGUUCUUCGCAGUGAUGGGCGCCUCUGCAGCCAUGGUGUUCAGCGCCUUGGGAGCAGCCUAUGGCACAGCUAAGAGCGGUACGGGAAUUGCCGCCAUGUCCGUGAUGAGGCCGGAGCUCAUCAUGAAGUCCAUCAUCCCUGUGGUCAUGGCGGGUAUCAUAGCCAUCUACGGCCUGGUAGUAGCAGUGCUGAUUGCCAACAACAUCUCAGAGAAGGUCACCCUCUACAAGAGUUUCCUUCAUCUGGGAGCUGGGUUGAGCGUGGGCCUCAGUGGGCUGGCGGCAGGCUUCGCAAUCGGCAUCGUGGGCGACGCAGGCGUCCGAGGCACAGCUCAGCAGCCAAGGCUUUUUGUGGGCAUGAUCCUCAUCCUGAUUUUCGCAGAGGUCUUGGGUCUCUACGGGCUCAUCGUUGCCCUCAUUCUCUCCACGAAAUAAACACCCACACAUCUCCACUAAAAGAUCUGUCCUUUAUGUUGCUGCUGGAGAAAGAGUCAAAUGAGGCAAAAUAAUUGUAAAAAAAAUUCUGCCACACAAGAGGAAAGAAGUGAAAGUGGGGGAAAACGAAUACACGGCUCCGUAAAUAUGGUCUUAUCUCAACAACAUGUACAGUCGUCCCAAUUUGAUAGUCAACUUGUAAAUGCGCAAUGUAGUGAUUUGUCUGUCUUGUGUGUGCGUGUGUGUGUGUGUUUGUUUCAAAAACAAAUUGAUGAAGAAGAUUCCUUUUUUCCCUCCACUUAUUUCAGGCCACGAGGCCGGCUGAGGCAGCUCGGCCUCCAGGUCUUAGAGCGCUGACCAAAGGGCCUCACAGCUUUUCUCCUCCCAUAUCGACUUGGGAGUUGUCACAAUAUCUGCAUUAAUCUUGAGGAUCUAUUUGUAAAGAGAAAUGUGUAUGGACUUAAGAUUUUUUUUUCCACUGAUUUUAUUUAUAUAAGAAAUUGUUCGUUGAACUGUUUAAUGCAGCAAAAGUCUUUAAUCCCCAGGAUAUAUUAUACAUAUAUAUAUACAGACAAAUGAAUAUCUAUAUAGAUAGAUUUAAUGCACUGUGGGUUAAUUGUGAUAAGUGGUUGGAAUUCCUCUGGAUGUAAUUCUUGGUUAAAUAAUUAAGAUUGCCUUUAGUAUGUUGCUGGUGGAGUGGGAGUUUUAUGUGUAGCUGUAUUCUAAUCAUUACGCAACCGUUCUCAAACUUCAGUGUUUUUCCUGUAGUACUGCUGUUUGCAUUAAAGGUGUGUGCGUCCCAUGUUGGGUCUCACAAGUGUAAUUUCCCAAAAAAAGUCAUCUUCUCUCCAUCUUCUUCACCCCCCCUCCCCUCAUCUGUGGCUGUACUUCCAUCUCUUCCACAUUCCAGCCAUUCAAAGUCCUGCAUGGGUUUCAGUGUUCUGUUGCUGUUGGAUACGACGCUGACGAGCAGGCUACUUUCAGAAGAUUUAUUCCAGAUCAAGAAGCUAGUUUCACGUGUAGUUCCUGCUAAAAAACUAAAUCACGUGUGUAAAUGAUGCAAGACGACUUGAUGGUAUCAAAUGUAGCAGCAGAAAUUUGGUGAGAUUAAUGAGUUUGGCCUGAAUUCACGUAACGAUUGUUCAGGUUUGAUCUGGAGUGAGUUUUCUGAAGAUGGAGCUGCUGCGUUUUCCUGAAGCACCAAUCUCCAACCCUGUAUUACCACUGGUAUUGAAGUUAUCCUGAUGUGUCGGAUGUGAAUGUUUUCACGAUCGAAUUAAAGAAGAUUCCAACUUA